AUGGACACUUGCCACAAGCUUCAGCCGAUCCUCACUAUUGUGAUCUUCACCAUCUGUGAUAGGUACGGAGCAAAUGGCGAGCGAUGCGACACGUCAAGCAUCCAGGUGGACACCAUAAACACCGGCACGAUAGUGACCGGUGGCGACACCAUCUUCGUAGUGGAGGUGAAGAACCAGUGUCCAUGCGCCGUCAGGAACCUGCGCCUCGGCGGCAGGGGCUUCGCGACGACAGUGGACGUGGAUCCGGCUGCGUUCCGCACCGACGAUGGUGGCGUCUACCUGGUGAACGGUGGCGAGCCAAUACCAAGUAUGGCCACCGUCAGCUUCCAGUAUGCCUGGGACCAUUUCUUCCAAAUGACUCCAAGGAGCUUGGAGGUUGACGGCGCGUGCUAG